CCCGGCUCGGCGCGUCUCGUCGCCACAACCUCUUCCUGUUCUCUCUAAGUGUUUGUUGUUGUUGUUGUCGUCGUCGUCGUCGUUCUUCUUCUUUCCUGCUGGAACCCCGGUGUCAGUGAAGAUGGCGUCUACCAGCCGACAGGUCCAGUUCUAUGUGUUAUUGCAGUUGUUCACCUCUUGAAUUUUUCUACCAGUGAGAACAAAGUUUGGAUGCUCUUCCAAGAGUCACCUGUCCAAACCAUCCAGAUGCGAUUUUGGUGGAGGACUACAGAGCUGGUGAUAUGAUCUGUCCUGAAUGUGGCCUGGUUGUAGGCGACCGGGUUAUUGAUGUGGGAUCUGAAUGGAGAACUUUCAGCAAUGAUAAAGCAACAAAAGAUCCAUCUCGAGUUGGAGAUUCUCAGAAUCCUCUUUUGAGUGAUGGAGAUUUGUCUACCAUGAUUGGCAAGGGCACAGGAGCUGCAAGUUUCGAUGAAUUUGGCAAUUCUAAGUACCAGAAUCGGCGAACAAUGAGUAGUUCUGAUCGGGCAAUGAUGAAUGCGUUCAGGGAAAUCACUACCAUGGCAGACAGAAUCAACCUCCCUAGAAAUAUAGUUGAUCGAACAAAUAAUUUAUUCAAGCAAGUGUAUGAACAGAAGAGCCUGAAGGGAAGAGCUAAUGAUGCUAUCGCUUCUGCUUGUCUCUAUAUUGCCUGCAGACAAGAGGGGGUCCCCAGGACAUUUAAAGAAAUAUGUGCCGUAUCACGCAUUUCUAAGAAAGAAAUUGGCCGAUGUUUUAAACUUAUUUUGAAAGCUUUGGAAACCAGUGUGGAUUUGAUUACAACUGGGGACUUCAUGUCCAGGUUUUGUUCCAACCUUUGUCUUCCCAAACAAGUACAGAUGGCAGCUACACAUAUAGCCCGUAAAGCGGUGGAGUUGGACUUGGUUCCUGGAAGGAGCCCGAUAUCGGUGGCGGCAGCUGCCAUUUACAUGGCCUCGCAGGCGUCAGCUGAGAAGAGGACCCAGAAAGAAAUUGGAGAUAUUGCUGGUGUUGCUGAUGUUACAAUCAGACAGUCCUACAGACUGAUCUAUCCUCGGGCCCCAGAUCUGUUUCCUACAGACUUCAAGUUUGAUACCCCUGUUGACAAACUACCACAGUUAUAAACUGAGGCAGCUAAUGGAAAACUCUUGUGGUCACUGAGCUCCACCUGUUGUACAUAGGCUAUAUGAAGUGCUGGAUUGAGCCUUUAAUAAGGAAAAACAAAAGACAUGGUACGCAUUCCAGGGCUAACUGUUAAUUGCUUGGCUUUAUGUAUGUAUAUACUAGUAAAACAUAUUUAAUGAUUUAAA